CCGCAGUCGCGCACGCACCUGGAGUCGGUACCGUCGCCCGUUGCUAGGUAUGGGCAGUCAUUAAUCCAGCAAACGUCAAGUCACGUUGUACUGCGCGUGGGAUGGUGCAAACCUGUGUCCACGGGACUUUAAGUCUUGCAAGGAUUCUGUGCAUGUGAGGAAUGGCCACUGUAGUCUUUGAAAGUCACCGUAGUCAUAUACUGUUGAACUUAGCCGUGAACUGCGUGUACUUGUAUGGGACAAUACGAAGGCCUCAGGUAGGGCAGGGCUGCGUCUGCCUGAGGAUGAAUCUCAAGAUGAUGAGGAACUCACUUUAAGAAAAUGGGGUCGACAUUGUACUCUUGUUACCUAAGUGCUGGGAAAUUACCGCUGUUUGUUUUGAAGCAAUGGUUUUCACCGCUUUUUGAUUGCGUUUGCCAUGCCAACCACCCGGAAAGCCCGAGCAAACAGAAUGUGACGAUGUCAUGAUACCGCCGUGCCUUCUGAACAAAUACACCUGCGGAUUGCCAGCGCUCUUCUAUCAGGAUCAUUCCGGGAUGUUAUCUCUGGAUGAUAAGAGGAUUUUUUUUAUGAUCCAAGGUGAUCUCCGGUAUCAUCGGUCCUUGCCCAUCGUUAAUGAUGAGUUGUGGAUUGUAUUCGUACCGAUGUUGUGAAAUUAUGAGCAGUGUAUAGGACUACAAUCGUGGGUUCAAGUUGAAACACAUCUCUCACCGUUGUCGAGGAUGAUGGAUGACUUGUGGUGAUAGUUUUGGUAGCUCGCUGAUUGUUGGAUGUUAGUUUAAGGGAGUUCGAAACUCAUGAGUUUCUCAACACAAUGUCUGUGUUUCCCAUGGGGCUAUGGCGUUUAUACACCGCCUGCCUUGUCCUGUACGCCGUACUGAUGUCACAGUCCUCUAUAGUCCACUCCGUAGAUGUCACAAUCGGUGUUCUGGGUCCUUGGGACGCCCCCGAAUCCUACGCCUACCCGCUCCUUGGACGGCGCACGGCUGGUGCGGUCCCCUUAGCCCUAGACCAGAUCCGGGAUGAAGGAAUCCUCGGUAACAACACUUUAAACUUCGUGUACCGAGACACCAGGUGCGACACCCGUCGAGCCAGCGGCUCAGCCGUGGAUUUACACCUCUUCACCGGCGUGCACGUCUUCAUCGGUCUGCCUUGCUCCGAGCCGUGCCGGAGCGUCCGGGACCUGUCCGCUUACUGGGACAUCCCUUUUAUCUCCUGGUUCUGUCCACAGACUCCAGCCACGGCGGUUGACGACACGUACGAUUCCUUCGCUCGGACUUUCGUCCCUUUCUCGGGUCUGUCGUACCUACCGGGUGCCGUCAUGACUCACUACGGGUUCACCUCGGCGUCCGUCGUGUACGCAGACGCGCCGCUGUGGGGCGCGCUGGCGGAAACCGUCUUGACGACGAUGAUCAAUACUGGCGUGACCAUCUCCAACCUUCAAAGUUACACGGGCCCUCUCGAUGUGCAAAAAGCUGUGACGAUACUGCAAAAAGUGAAACAUGUAUCACAUGUAAUUUGGCUGAUCAUGGGCGGGGUCACGACUCUGGAAGGGGACGAGCAGAUCUUCAUGUUAGCGGCGGACCAGCUCGGCAUGACCGGGGGCCAGCAGGUGUUCUUCCGCCUGGAGCUGUUCCCUGACGUCGGUCACACCACGCCGUGGUCGCCCGUCCUGGUCGAUGGCAACGCCACGAGCGACCGGGCAGCACCAAACGGGGACUCGCUGAGACUGGCUUACGAAGCUUUGAUGAUUGUUACCUACAGGUUGCCUCAGGAUGGGCGGAUCGAAGAACUAUUAGGACGAGUCUCUGAAAGUCUAACCGAUCCAGGAUUUGAUUUGUAUAAAAAGAAAAAUACGUCCACGCCGAGCAUCAUGGCGGCCUUUCUGUACGAUGCAGUGCUGUUGUUUGCUCACGCCGCAAAACAACACGUAGAGAUAAACGGUUACGAGGCUAAUAAAUCCUACACAAGAACAAAUGUAACAUUUGAAGGAAUGACUGGUUAUGUGGUUUUAGAUAGUGCCGGCGAUAGGGUUGCCAACUUUUCACUCUUGGAUCUAAAGGACGGAGGGCAGUUUGAGGCCGUGGGUCACGUGACUGGAACCCUUCCCGUGUUUGAAGAGAUUCUAGGCACGGAGGUAUGGUGGCCUGGAACGGCCAUACCAACGGAACCCAAAUGCGGAUACCAGGGAGAGAAUUGCUUAGAAAGCAGUGUCAUCAUAGCAAUAGUUGUUGGGAGUCUGGUCACGCUAAUGUUGUUUAUCAUCGUCCCCUACCUCAGUCUUAAGUACCGGAAGUAUGUCCUCCGCAAGGACUGGCUGAUAGAAAUUGAUGAGCUGACAUUUCUACCUCUUCAAAACAGCACUUUUGGGAUCGGUUUACAGGGGUAUCCCUCCACCUUCCGCCUGCCCAACAUCUCUGGUAGGCUCUUGAGCCAGCAGUCGCUGGCCUCCCAAUCUGUCCAGGAAAAGCUCCGCAAGGAGAGCCAGAAAAUGUCGCCCGAUUUCACCCUGGCUAAGUACAAGUCCGAGACGGUGGUGCUACGGAGGGCAAAGGUCACCAACGGCCUGACGCUUAACAAAGUGACCAAGAAGGAACUCAAAGAGAUGAGGUGGCUGGUCCACGACAAUCUCAACCGUUUUAUGGGCGUGUGUUUCCCGACGAGGGGCGACAGCAGCAUGUUCUACUACAUCUCCGAGUACUGUCCUAAAGGCAACCUCAAGACGGUGCUGGCCAAUGAUGACAUCAAGCUAGACCUCAGCUUCAAGGUUUCCUUCAUCAACGAUCUAGCAAGGGGUAUGCAGUUCCUCCACAACUCCGUGGUCAAGUCCCACGGGCUACUCUGCUCGAAUCUCUGCUUCAUCGACAGCCGAUGGGCGCUGAAGAUCGCAGGGUUUGGCUCCGUCUCCUUCCACAUGUCCAGAGGCACCGCCACGAAAAUGGAUCCGGAGGACAGAUUCUCCAGGUUAUUGUGGACAUCUCCAGAGCUGCUUCGGCAUGAGCUUCCGACCAAGGGUUCACAGAAGGGAGAUGUCUACUCCUUUGGCAUCCUCAUAGAAGAAAUCUUGACUCGAUCUUUACCGUACUACGAUUCCGGGAUGUCUUCAAGGGAGAUCAUUCGUAGGGUUAUGACACGCCAAGAGCCCCCCUUCCGGCCCCGCAAGGCAGCCUCAGAGGACGACCUGAGGGGCCUAUCAACCCAGCUCUCCAUGUCGGACGGCAUCGUGACAUGCCUGGCAGAGCUCAUGAUGCAAUGCUGGGAAGAACACCCAGAAGACAGGCCAGACUUCAACAUCAUCCGACACCGACUCAGGACAAUGCAGAAAGGAAGGAAAGAGCUGAAUCUAAUGGACAACAUGGUGUCUAAGAUGGAGAAGUACACCGAGAAUCUUGAGCAAGUGGUAGCAGACAGAACAGGGCAACUCCUGGAGGAAAAGAAGAAGACCGAUGCACUGCUGUACAGGAUGCUGCCUCAGGCUGUUGCUGAUGAGUUGAAGAAAGGCCAGUCAUUUCAUGGGGAGUUUUACGAUCAGGUGACCCUCUACUUCAGCGACAUUGUCGGUUUCACUGAGCUUUCUGCCAUGAGUGCCCCAAUGGAGGUCGUCGACCUCUUGAAUGACCUUUACACCUGUUUUGACGCCAUCUUGGAAAGAUUUGAUGUCUACAAGGUUGAGACCAUAGGAGAUGCCUACAUGGUGGCAAGCGGUCUACCCAACCGCAACGGCAACAGACACGCAUCAGAGAUUGCUAGCAUGGCGCUAGCAGUCAGAGAGGGUGUCAAGACGUUUAGGAUCAGGCAUAUGCCUGAACAUCAUGUACAGAUCAGAAUUGGAAUCAACUCAGGACCUGUAGCGGCUGGUGUGGUGGGUCUCACAAUGCCAAGAUUUUGUCUCUUUGGGGACACUGUCAACACGGCAUCUCGCAUGGAGUCCCACGGAAUGCCCCAACGCAUCCACGUCAACUGGAGCACAGCAACCCUGCUUACCAGCAUCGGCGGGUACCGGUUAGAGGUCAGGGGUCAACUGAAGAUUAAGGGCAAGGGAGUCAUGACAACCUUCUGGCUGCUCGGCACCGAUGAACAAUACAGCGGCUUACAGAUACAGGAUGAUCUACAGAACAGCUCGGCGAAGAAAAUAUCCACAGACACCGUCAUCAGUGAAGACAGUUUGCUGUCGCCACCGAGCAACGAGCAGCAAGAGUUAGUGCAGGACUCACUCAUAGCCUCCAGGGUGCCCGAGGAAUUCCCGUCCGAUUUCCUCUCCGACGGGUCAUCCGCAUCCUCGUCACCACGGCGACGCAGGACAGGCAACGGCAACUCUUAUCGUGACCUCUCACAACAGAGCAGGAACGAUGCAACCACAGAGACACUGAAAACUCUUAAUGAAGAAGAGCAUUCUAAUGCAAAGGCAGAACAGGGUACGGGUGAUGCCACGACCAAAACUGGUGAUGUCACAAGCAAAACUAGAGAUGUCUCGGCCAAAACAGGAGGCAUCAACAAAAGGACUGACGAGAUUCGCACGAGAAAUGGUGGUAUCCAGUCAGGAUCUGGUGACCUGGGCACAAAAAGUAGUGAUCAGGACACAAAAACAGAGGAGCAUAGCUCGAAAGCUAAUGUUCUCGUCACGAGACCUAGCGAGAUCGUGUCUACGACAGCCGACAUGAUCGUCGAGGAGGGCUCUUACGUCAGGACAGAGAGCGGCGACAUCGUGCAGACUCCGAGUGGCAACAUUCUCAGGAGGCCCAGCAGGCAGCACCAGCCUCGCCUCGGGAGUCUACGAGAGGAUUCUGCCAGCUUGCCAAUCGGUCUGAGCUUGCCCAAUGUUCCCAGUUUGCCCAAUGUUCCCAGUUUGCCCGACAUCAGGGUCCAUGGUGAGGAAUCGGCCACAGGGUGCCAUGAUUCCGUUUUCUCGUACACUGUACCGCUCCCGCAACUGAUGAACGAGAUCUCCUCAACAGUCAUGGACACGUCCGUGAAUAUCGUCGAGUUAAAUCACCAAAACAGUUCAAGCUGAUCUUUACAAGUUCCGAUGAUUCUCCGUCCACAAUGCUAGGUUCAGUGACGAGAAAGUAAAAUCAUUGUGAAAUCAUGAAAAGUUGCCAAGAAAACCCAUAAUCUUCCGAAAUGUCUUGGUCUAAAACCAUCUUGCCUUUUAUCCUCCUAUGCCCGAAGUCCAGAAGAUCUUAAAUGGCUCCAUAAUUUUUACAUGUGCUUUUGAUCAAAUAAACUUUGUGUCAAUGUUUUUUCCACUAGUCUGCUUUUUAAUCUUAAGACCUUGCACAAGAUGUAUUUUGAGAGUCCAAGCCAUAUUUAGUAUGCUUGCACAAUCAUUUUUGUUGGCAGGG